AUGGGCCCCUGUACCGCCUCCUCAUGCUGCUGCCAGGCCCGUAAUCUGCCAUGGGCCCCUGUACCGCCUCCUCAUGCUGCUGCCAGGCCCGUAAUCUGCCAUGGGCCCCUGUACCGCCUCCUCAUGCUGCUGCCAGGUCCAGAGUCUCUCAUGGGUCCCUGUACGGCCUCCCAUUGCUGCUGUCUCCAUCGCCACACUCUGCCAUGUGCCACUUUCAGGUCUCCUCACACUGCUGGUGUGUUCCAUUUUUUGUCAUAGGGUGCUGGCAGAUUACGGGCCUCCCAUUGCUGCUCUGCCAGGCCCGUAAUCUGCCAUGGGCCCCAGUACCGCCUCCUCAUGCUGCUGCCAGGUCCAGAGUCUCUCAUGGGUCCCUGUACGGCCUCCCAUUGCUGCUGUCUCCAUCGCCACACUCUGCCAUGUGCCACUUUCAGGUCUCCUCACACUGCUGGUGGUGUUUCCAUUUUGUCAUAGGGUGC